GUCAGUGAGCUAGACAUUGGCACUGUAGGAUGGGGUCUAGUGACGCUUGCCAUUGGCCUAGUCUUCCGUAUGACCACCUCAUUUCUUGUUGUGAUGGGUGGAAAUUUGAAUAUCAAAGAACGCUUAUUUGUGGCCCUGGCAUGGGUACCAAAGGCUACAGUGCAGGCAGCCAUUGGCUCUCAAGCUCUUGACUUUGCACAAAAAUCUGAAGCUGGACCAGAGAUAGUACGUUUAGGAGAACAGGUCUUAACUAUUACUGUUCUGGUAAUAUUGAUAACAGCACCUCUCGGUGCUGUUGCCAUCAUGCUAUCAGCUCCUAAGUUACUCUCAAAAGGGAAGACCAAGGACACUCUUGACCUACCUGAUGGACUGCCUGAUCCCUGAGGACUCCUCUAAUAGAUUUCUCUUCAGUGUAGAGUAGGUUGAUGUAGGUAAUUAACACAGUCAUGUUAAAAGUGCAAUAUUUUCUCACACUGUCCCUAAUUACUUUUAAUCCCUUUUAGUAUGAUCUUAGAAAAUACAAAGCAGAUGAAUAUAGAAGUACUAGGAGUAGGUUGGAUUAAUGCUUUGAGACUAAGAUAGUGUAGUUGCCUUUUCCAAGGUAUGGGAAGUGAAAUAUUGAGAUACUAAACUCAGCGAUAAGAUUUUGAUUAUCUAGAAUACAUUCUUGCAGAAUCUGAUCAUUGAAUAUAACCCUCUCAAUACCUAAAGAAGAUAUUCCAUUUUAGUGUUCUUUCUUAAGCAUAGGAGAAGGUAUUGUUAGUUGAAUAAUAACCAGUCAAAAGACUUUGUAAUAUUUUUAAUGAAUUUAUGCAUAUUUAUUAUUUGUAAUUAAAUCUGACAUUCUUGUAACUGCAUAUUUGAAUUUUAUACAAAGGUUGGUCAUAUUAAUAAAACUACUGACCUAUCAUUUAAAUUAGUGUAUGACAUGCAUGAUGUAAAAUCCUAACAUACAUUUUUUCCCUUUGUUGUGAAUAUUUUACAAAGGUAUUUGAAAUGAAAAGAGUCAAGAGUUUGUGCUGGUUCAUUGUAUAUAAAAAAAUAUAUGAGUUGAUGCUUAUGUAUUCUAAUUAAUUUUUUUAGGCUUGUUAGGCUCUUCAUAAUUGGUGGAGCUGAAGAAUCUGAUGGAAUAUGCAGUUUACUAAAGCCAAAAGUAGUGAGGGAAUCACAUGCUAUGGUUGGGGUGAAUAACAUGUUGCCAUUUCAUACAGCUUUUUUUCUACUGCUGAAGUCCAUGUGGCUGCAAUAUAACAGCCAUAACAAGGGCAGAGAAGACCUGAAAAUAGACGGAAUGUUAGUAGGAACAUAGGUAGAUACAUUUUUUUUAUGGUAUCCAUAUGAAGAUUCCAUGCGUGCAUGUACUUAAAAGUAAAUAUCAAUAAAGAAGAGGUUAGCACAUUUUUUGCAUAUCUGAUAACUUGGUUGGAUCUUGUACAUUAAAGUCUGCAUGUGAUGAAGCUAAAGAAACCAUGAGCAAAAUAUUUGUAUGAUUUUGAACAAUUAUGUGAAGAAAACAAAGUCAGGAAAAUGUAAAACUGCAGUUAUUGUGACAUUCAGUACUUGGUAAGUAGAGAUAUUGCCUCAAAUUUGGUAAUGAUAUGAAAAAUAAAAGUUAUUUGAUUUUCAUAAGACUGUCUAUCUAUCUGCAUAUCUAUCGAUCAGUCUAUCAGUCUAUCAGUUUAUCAGUUUAUCAGUUUAUCAGUCUAUCAAUCUAUCAGUCUAUCAGUCUAUCAGUUUAUCAGUCUAU